AUGGAACGUGGUGGCCGGCUGCUGGGCUACGACGAGCUGCAGGGGCGGCAGCCGCCGGGUUCAGCGUGGGGGCUGUGGGUGGCCGAAGAUGACGAACCCGACGAGGUGGGCACUCUGCACUUGGCCGCUGAUCCGCUUCGCCUCCGGCAAGCUGCCCUCCUCGUCUCCUCUGGAAAAGUGUUCUCGCUCAACUGGCGACUGGAACUGCCGGAUCCGCCGCUCUUCGGUCGGGCGCUCAUUCAACACACCAUCAUCCCAUCUGCGCGGAGCGGCGGACACAACGACCAGAUCGACGCAUUCAAUCCGCAGGCAUCGACCCAGUGGGAUGGCCUCUCGCACUUCCCGCACCAGACCCACGGCUUCUACAACGGCGGGACGAGGCUGGGCAUCGAGAAGUGGGCGCGGAGGGGCAUCGCGGGGCGGCUGGUGCUGAUCGACUUUGAGCGGUGGAUUGCCGCGCGGGAGCGGGAGCAGAACGGCCGGGCGCGACCGCAGCACGGCUACGCGUGGGCUGGCAUGGCCCAGGGCGAAGACUCGCUACGAUUCCUGUGGGACCAGCACUUUGCCGCCGUGGCCGCCGAUUGCCCCUCUUUUGAGCGGUAA